CUUGACAAGCAAGGCAACCGUCGUGCACGAUGCCAGCACCGAAUCCGAGCCGCAAGUCCGUCGUGAAACCGACGCACGGUCCCAGGCCCAAAACCAAACCACCCUCCUCUGUCGAUGAUCAGCUGAAGCGCCUCUUCAAAACGCUCGUCGCGCAGAUCGACGGGGGACACCACACAAACGCUAUCAAGACUUGCGACAAGAUUCUCAAGUUGUCUCCCGGCGAUGCAGACGCGCUCCAGACGAAACUCUUCUUGCUCUUGACCACUGAUCAGGCGGGUGCUGCGCUGACGCUCAUCGAAUCUUUGCAAGGCGAGAACGGGAAUGACUCGCGGUACAACUUGGAGCGCGCGUAUGCUCUGUACUGCUCCCACAAGAGGGAUGAUGCUCGGGAGACGCUGGCAAAGGGCACAGGUGAUGUCGAUGCGAGGGGGGCACAGCACCUAGAGGCCCAACUCAGUUAUCGGGAUGGCGCCUAUCAACAAGCGUUGGAUGUCUAUAACGGAUUGCUUGACUCUGCUCCUACAGCUGAGGAGCAGUCCGACAUCAUGACCAAUAUCGAGGCUGUCGAAGCUCAUCUCACAUUCAUCAACACCACCUUCCUCCAGACCAUCCACUCACUCCCCGCCUCCAUCCAACACGGGCUGGAAGACGCCCCGCCACCACUUGCCGCUCCUGUGCACUCAAUUGUCCCAGCUGUUGCCCCGGCCAAUCUACCUGCGCCGCCCAAAGCCAAGAAAGUGCGGCUGCCGAAGGGCGUUGUGCCUGGCGUCACGCCUCCACCAGACCCGGAGCGGUGGCUGAAGAAGAGUGAGCGCACGAGCUUCGCGCAGCGCAGGAGGAAAGGCGGUGGAGGUGCCACGCAAGGAAGCGCCGCGGAUGUUCCAGUCGUCGCCGAGAGCAAAGCUGGCGGAGCGGCCAAGAACAAGGGAAAGAAACGCAAGUAGUGGGUACGAGCUGUGUACAAGCAUUUUAUCACCGACCAGACGCGCUGCGGGAGACGCGUAAAGUAUGCAUGCUGAACCGCCCUCACGUUUCUUGCAAGUCGGAUCAGUACCGUAAGAUAUAUCAUAUAUCGGUGGACUGCAGGACAAGUACGUCCGAUCGAAC